UGUAGAGUCUCUCUUUGCGAGUGCUUUGCGAGGUCAUCCCCUCUGCUUCUGCACACCCAGUUUCUCCUUUUGACCUUGGCGCGAUCCUGCCAGGUGCGAAAAUGAAGGUUGUAGCUGCGUAUCUGUUGUGUCUUCUGGGAGGCAAUGCGUCUCCCAGCGCGAAGGACAUUGAGGCCGUCCUCGGGUCAGUCGGUGCUGAGGCCGAUUCUGCGAGGGUAAGGCUUCUGUUGAAGGAGUUGGAAGGGAAGGACAUCUUGGAAGUGAUCGCAGCAGGAAAGGAGAAGUUCGCAUCCGUUCCCUCCGGUGGAGGUGGUGGUGUUGUCGUAGCCUCCGCUAGUGCUGGCAGCGGUGGUGCUGCCCCAGCAGCAGAGGUGAAGGAGGAACCUAAGAAGGAGGAAGAGAAGGAGGAAUCUGACGAUGACAUGGGUUUUAGCUUGUUCGACUAAAUGCAGCAGUUGUAUAAUUUUGCAUAAAUACAAUUGCAUUGUUUAGAUCUAUCUGUCCUGGAACUGUUUCUCCAAACCCAUGAGAUUAUCUCUGAGAGGCCAAGUAUCAUUCUUGAACCAUGGUUCAUGUUUUGACCCAAGAAGUUCAUAGCUCCCAGCAGAGAUUUGUCACUGUUAGUGCUCACCUUCCAAUUAAUGACAGAAGCACUAUUGUUUUUCUCAUCUGA